GUUGCGACGGGCGGCCGCGUUUUUGCGGAAAAAUGGCGGAUGAGAACGAGGAUCAAUGGUUGUACGGCGACUCGGGAGAUGGGAAAGACAGCUUCCCUGAGAAUUCGGAUAGUCAGCCAGCUGAGAACGAGGUGGACUACAAUAAUCAGGAUGAGCCUUAUCAUCAGCAGAACGACGAUACCCGUGGGGAGAAUGAGAGCGAGGCGCCCGAAAUGGAGGAGUUGAUCCAUGAUGCUCGAGAUGCAGCUUGUGGGGAUAAUUUUGAUGGUGAUAACGAGCACCAGGAGCAUAAUCAGGAUGAGGACUCGUUGUCCAAUGAGGCGAAGGAGAACGGGACGAACGACGGCCAGAACCAGGACGACGAGGAUGGGGCCUCGGACUCCGAGUCGGACGACGACGUUCACGUAGUUAUCGGGGACAUAAAGUCAACUCCUGCGCAGUACAGCAGUUUAAAUAUAAAGCGAGGCGGCUUGUUGACGUCAUCGGGUGCAGGCCCGGAUAAGCUGAAGCAGCAGUCCGGAAAGUUUAGUAUAGACGAGUUUGAGACUAUCGGUGUGAUAAACGGCAUACCUGCGCACGAAUACAAUUUAGACCAAUUAGAGGAUAAGCCGUGGAGGCAGCCUGGAGCUGACAUAACCGACUACUUUAACUACGGAUUUAACGAAGAGACUUGGAGAGCUUACUGUGAGCGACAGAAGCGAAUGAGAAGUGAAUCUGGUGUAGGAUUAAUAUUAAAUGCCGGCACUGGCGCACCUGGAAAUGUGGCGAAUCCAGGAUCGAGAGUACCACAAGUGACGAUUACCAAUUAUAAUAGCAAAUAUUCAGGUAUUGUUGGGCCAAAAAGAGCAGGACCUCCGCCAGGUCGUAAAAUGGCAGGAACUAUAGACGUUAUCGGUAGUACAGGUUUAGCUUCUAGAAGAAACUUGGACAAAUCGCCGCCAAAGGAAAAUGUAAUCCAAGUGAUGACUGCAGACAGGCGGGAAUAUUCGCGGAAACCGCCCGGUGGCUUUCCGGACAUGAGUGUCCCUCCGCCAGGUCCUACAAUACCACCUUCGUUCGAUAUGCCACCGCCUGGUUAUCAAGAGCCAGUUGUACCCUAUUUCAUACCAGAGCCCGAUCCGUAUUAUCACAGCUACGAGCCAACCCAAGACAGGCAGUGGGGUAACGAUCCUACCUGGCAGCCGUCAAAUAUAACUAUCCCCUUAACAGGCGAGGACAUGAAAGAGCAGGGGCCCAAAUCGAUGCCGAUGAUGGUCCCACCGUCGAUGUCGUCGAUGGGCCCGAGAGACGCGAGGGACAGGGACCGGGAGCGAGAUCGGGAGAGGGGCCGGGAACGUGACCGAGAGUACGAGGAGGCGAUGGCGCGGGAGCGGGAUAGGGAUAGGGACAGAGACCGCGAUCGGGAGAGGGAAAAGGACUCGAGGAGAGGAGGGGAGGAGAGGGAGAUCGAGUCGUCGACGAGGGAGGACGACCGCGAGCGCGACAGGUCACGGCUGCAGUACAGGCACAAAGAAAGGUCGCGUUCACGCCGUCACAAAUCACGAUCCAGGAGUCCCAGUCGCCGCAAAAAGAAAUCACGGCGCUCGGAGCGAGAGCGCUCCAAAGAGGAGAGCGAGUAAGGUCGAUUAGCCGUAAGCCCCGAUGUGCCGCUGCCUCCUGGUGCGCGUACGUUGACGAGAAGUA